UGCCACCUAUGUAUAUUGGUGGGUAUGAGCUGGAGCUUGUGAUUAGGUUGGAUGCCUGGUCCGAUCCGAAAGAUCAAGAAGGGCAUUGAAUUUUGGCCUAAAAAGAUUUGACUGGUCUGGCCCGAUAAAAAUGAGGCCGGAAAGAGAUGACUCGAUGUCGGACCGGUCCGAAAAACUCCAACUCCAAUUGUGAUAAUUGAAAAGGGGAAAUAUGUUAGAAUGAGUAAAUUAAGGGAAACAGACUAUGUAUACGAGGCUUUCAAUUAUCUCUCAAUUAUCCCUUCUCCAUAAAAUUCAUCCCCCAAUUACCCCGGCUGGAACACGACUAGAAUUUAACGUUCAUUUGAUAAAAGAAUAUGAAAAAAUAUGAGAGAUGGGUAAAUUAAAUAAAAUCAGAUGGGAUAUCUUGGAGGUGUGCACAGGAUGUAUUUGAAAAAAUUUGAAAAUGUGAGGGGAUACAUAAGUUACAGAUUAUGGGACAUAAAAGGCUCUUAAUCAUCCCCUUCUCCAUAAAAUUCACGCUCUGACUUAUCCCGUGUAUCUUGACAUUUCUUCUCCCACAUAUCGGCCUUUUACCUUAUACUAAUCUCUCAAGUGUAUCUGUCCGGUUAAAUUUAUCAGAGUGGAAUUAAAUAGAGAUUUAAUAUUAAAUAGAAAUAAAAUAAUUAUUUUUAGAAUUUUAGUAAACAGGAAAUAAAGGAAAACAACAAAAAUAAUAACAAUAAAAAUAAAAUAAGGGUUUUGUUCUAGCUAAAAUAUGAAGGCUAAUUUUAGUAAUAUUAUUAUUUGUGUUUACCCAAAAAGGGGUGGCAAUUUAUUUAAAAGGACCUUUAAAAAUAUUAAAAAUAAAUUUGGAAAUGGGAAGAAAAAAAUAAAAGUUUAUUUUAGAAUGGAAGGUCCAUUAGUAUGCCGAAACAAAUUUAGAGAAGUGAAAUUGGCACGUUCCUGGGGAUAA